ACUAAAGGUACAUCUAGUUUUGGUAAGCGUCAUACAAAGACUCAUACAUUAUGUCGUCGUUGUGGCAGAAGGGCCUUUCACAAUCAAAAGAAAACAUGUGCUCAAUGUGGAUAUCCAGCUGCAAAGACCAGAAAUUAUAAUUGGAGUGAAAAUGCUAAGCGUAGAAAACCCACGGGUACUGGUCGUAUGCGAUACUUAAAACUUGUGAAUCGACGUUUUAAGAACGGUUUUCGUGAAGGAGUUUAA